UGCGAGAGUACGGGUUGGACUAGUUAUUAACAGUAAGAUUACAUCCAUUGGUACGGACAACCAUGUAUGAGCCAAUCAAUUUCUUGGUUCAAAACUUUGUUAUCUUUAUUUCAUCUGCUUUUUUCGUUUCAUGUCAAGUUGUUGUAAAAUUACUUACUUAAGACGCCGAAUUAAGAUAGUAUUUUAUUUUUUUUUGUGACAAAGUAUUUAAUUUCUUUGAUAAGCUUCAUUUCUCAAUAAAUUCUUUGAUAAGCUUCAUUUCUCAAUAGAACCUACCAGUUUCAGUUUGUUCAUCAUCUUCUAAAAAUUUAAAGUUUGGCCCAUCUUAUACAUUAAGUAGGCCAUUUGCCUAAAAUAGAAGACGAGAAUGACUCUAUAAAUAGAGUGCGGAUGAGAUAUAGAAAAACUGUUAGAGAGUGAAAAUAUAUAGAAAGUGAUUUUUAUGCAAAUGACUCUCCAAAUGAUGAUUUAGAGAGUGCGAUUUAGGAAGGCCCUUAGAGAUGCCCUUUAUUUGUUAUCGUAUACGUAUUUCAUCACAUAUGAUUGUUAUCGGUUUGAUAUCUAAAUCCUAGCAUUUUCAUCAGAAAAAUAUCUAAAUCCUAGCUCCCUCCACCCCUGACCACACACGCACGGCACUGACGGAACGGGCAUUGACGUACGGCCGCGAGAGUCCGACCUAUAGGUGUGACGGACAAUGCCGGAUGAAGAAAAUACAGAUACUGAUACUGAGUGGACAUGAGGAGAGCACGUGGCCUUACGACGAGCAGAUUUUAGUUUCUCCUGAGUGCAGGCAAAGCGCGUCUGGUGGAACGUGGUACGAACCACGCAACGCUUAGCGGCGACGGAAGGCAAACAUGAGUCUCUUCUUGUGGUUAGAAAUGUAAGAAGCCAUUUUCCCUCUUCUUUUCUACUGCAUCUGCAGACUGCAGCGACCCAAGCAAAGCGAGUCCUCUCCCAUUCUUUCCUUCCUGUCCGGCGAUCCGUCAUGAUGCGGCGAGCCUUGAGAAAGAAUGGGGCCGCUGCUGUCUCCAAGGCCGCCAUCUCCUCCACACUAGUCGCUGUGGUAUCGGCGACGUUGAGCCUGGAAACCAAACUCAUGGCCCUGGCACUGGCAUUGGGCGGCCUCUACCUGCUCCAGCGUGUCCUGGUGGGAAAGCGCCGUCGCUCGGGGCACUGGCUCGUCCAGUAUGGUGCGAUGGCGGCCUACUAUCUUCCCGUUCCUCUCGUGUUUUACGCUACCAAAGCUGUGUCCUCCACCUCCCACUCCCACCACAUCCAUGAAGAUACCCCUUCGCUCGUGGUCGGCGUCUUCUACAUGUUUCGCUUGAGCCUUCCAUCAUUUCAAGAGGUCGUUGCACCGCUUGUCACCAACAUGAGAGCCUAUUCUCUCCACGACCGCCCACAAGAUGGUUACAAUUAUCUCAUGUGGCUACUCUUCCUUGGUUGGGUAGAUUGGGGAAUUAUUCUAGAUUGGGCUCGGUGCUGUCGGCGGCGAGUACUGUACCGACUUGUGCAGAUGGGUCUAGAUUUUUUCUUGACCUUGUUCACUCUAUUUGCUCAUACAUCAGAAUCCACCUUGGAUUGCCAGACCAAAGCAGUCGCUGACUACAUGAAGCGGGAGUCCAGCAAAUCGUCGUCAACCUCAACGACCUCACCAUUUUUUGAUGAAGAUGAUGAUGCUAACAGUAACAGCAGUCUGAAGCUGCUAGAUUGUUGCAGAUAUCCCUUUGUGCAGAGGGGAAAUGGGGAAUGGGCCACUGUCAAAGAUUUGGUGCAGCGAGAUGACCUGCCGAAUGAGGACAAGGACAUUUGGCUCUCCUACAGCUUGUGCCGGCUUUUGGCAAGGCGCUACUAUGGGUUCCACUGCGCAGAAGAAGGAGAUGACAAGGUGCGCUGUCUUGCGCUGGCGGACCUGACAAGAGCAGAUGGCUACAAGAGGGUAUUCACCAUUGCUGAGGUGCAGUUGGCUUUCCUUCACGAUUACUUCUUCACCGCCUCCCUCCCAAUCAUAGAAUCAGGAUUGAAGUACAUUGACGUUGCACAACAGUUUUUGGGUGAAUUCUAUGUGAUCAUUUCAAUCUUCUCUAGUGGCAUUCCACUCGUGAUUGCAACGUUUAUGUCAUUGUGUUCACUAUUUGAGAACCCAAUGUCGUUGCUGGUUAAAAAUCUUGUGGCCAUCUAUUGGCGUCCAAUACACACUGCUUUUCGAAAACUCAAUGAUCUCCCCAACCACCCCCGCCUCAUCAUCAUCCGCUUUAGGCCUAAUCCUAAUGUGCAGGAUGUUUUUGACCCGUUUCAAGCUCAAACUGGUGGUGCUUACUGGAGGAACAAAAUAGGCCAAUACUCAAUUCUCCAAGACUACGACCGUCGUCGCUCUCCCAAGAAGGCUCUUGUAGCCUGGUUCCACAGAAUUGUGCUAUCCCAACCGUCAUAUAGGUUCAUCAAGCAUCUCCCAGUAGAAGAAGACCAGGUCGACAUGCUAGAGCUGGACAACAUGAGAGAGUUGGUUGCCAAUACUCUCCGGGAUAUAGAUGGCCCACCAACAAACGGCACCAGGUCUCUCAAGAUAAACAUGGGCAAGAUAAACAGGGCUACGAGAAACAGGGACAGUCCUGGUUAUGACUGGUUAUGGACCUGCAAGCAAGAAACUCAUACGGACGCCAUCCUCAUAUGGCACAUAGCAACCUGCUACUGUGACAUGACACCAAUAAGUGAUGACCCAUUGGUAAAAUGGCAUCAUGAAGUAGCCAAAGCAUUGUCAAGAUAUUGUGCCUACCUGGUGGCCUUUCUUCCGGAGUUCCUCCCGGAGCAUAGCCUGACCACAAAACAAGUGUUUCAAAGAGUCUUGCAGGAAGCACAGCAAGAACUAGGAGAAAAACCAAUGAAGGAGGAAGAAAAGCGCACCAAGAUCCGAGGGUUACAGCUACCUGACCAACAUGAACAGCGGACGACCUUUCACAAGGGUAUCCACCUAGGACGGCAACUGGAGAUGCUCAGCGAUGACAACCUACGCUGGAAGGUCAUGGCAGAGUUCUGGGCAGAGAUGAUCCUGUACAUCGCGCCGUCCGACAACGCGGAGGCACACAUCGCGCACCUGGCCAAAGGUGGGGAGUUCAUCACGCACCUCUGGGCCAUGCUCUCCAAUGCCGGCAUCCUGAAGCGGGCAACAGGGGAAUGGCAUUUGCCGCAUGCUUCCACUACCAAAAGAGGAACACCAAAGAAGAUAGAGACCACCAAAGCAAGAACUCAGGAAUGUCCCUUUUAAUGAUGAAGCUUCAACAUCCUCCAUGCCUUCUCCACCAAUUAAUGUUAGCAAUUCUACACUUGUUUUCUAUGAUCAUUUGUUCUAUGCAUGCACCCGCCUCUUAUGCAUCACACCGUGUGCACCCCCGUGACUUGACCUGCUCCGGUGUGAAACAUAGUUCAGAUGAUGCUACAUUUGGAAGAACACUAUCAACUUGAUAUUGUUGCGAGA